AUGGGUUCUUUGCCAUCACUCACGUACCUGAUCCAGUCUCUGGUGAAAUGCUCUGUAUUGUCAACGGACAUCCAAGAUUCACGGUCCAGUCUGUUGGUUGCUGCCUUCUUCUUGGCCCGUUCCAUUGGUGUCACUACACCAAAUGUUUCAGCUUUCAUGGCCAAUCAAGUCUUGACUGCAUCCUCUUUCUUGGCCGAUCAAGUCUCCUUCAUGAUGAGUCAAGCUACCGCGGCCUCCGCCUACCUAUUCACUGCCACUUCCACUGUCAUUGCUGUCUUUGAGGGAUCCCCGACCAACCGCCUUGCUCCACUCCUGUGGUACAAACGAUACAUUCAAAAAUGCCGUCGUCAGCGCCGCCCCACUUCCUUCAGCCAUUGCCGUCACACCCGUCACUAUGGUCUCGCCACCUGCCGUCGUCUUGCCCAAGAUCUCAGGAUAUCUCCAACAUAUCAUUCAGUUUUUGGAGUCUCUCACGUUUUGUCGUUCCUGUCAAGAGGGAGAUAA